UGUUCUGACUCUGUGUUCUUUUGCAUCAUCUGAGCUGCUGCCUCUGUGAAUGUGCAAAUUUUAAAUGAGUUUAGCUGCUUCUGCAUUUUAAUUUACUGCUAAUUCAUUAUGUACACAAUUUUGUUUUUCAUUAUAGCUUUAAUUCUUUUUCGCUACUCUUUUCUGAGCUUGCUUGUUGCACUGCGUUGUCUGACAGGUUUUGUAAAACCAGAAAAACAGGAUGAACCCCGCUGAGGAGUGUGAAGAAGAAAGCUCCUCCUCCAUGAAACACUCACUUUCAGUCCAGAAGGACAGAUCAGACUCUCCAGCACUCAGUGACUGGUCUAUGUAUCAUCCACCAGAAAUCAGAGCCUCCUCAUCAGGACACAGUCAGAGCCGGGGAAAGAGGUCAGACUCGUCCAUACCCAGCUGUCCAUCCAUGAAGAGUGACAAGUUUAAGGAAACCUCACAAGUGUUCAAAGAUGGAGGCCCCUCAUCUGGAUACAGAUUUGACCCUGCAUAUACUGGAUCUAAACUUCAAGCGGACUUUAAAUUGACUCUGAAACAGCAGUUUCAGUGUUUAAGUGAGGUAAUAGUAAAUACCAGAAACCCAAAAUGUCUCAGUGAGAUCUACACAGAGCUCUACAUCACAGAGGGAGACAGUGGAGAGGUCAAUAAUGAACAUGAGGUCAAACAGAUCGAGGCAGCGUCCAGGAGAACAGCAACAGAGAACAAAAAAAUCAAAUGCAAUGAGAUCUUUAAGCCCUUAUCUGAACAAGACAAACGCAUCAGAACUGUGCUGACAAAGGGAGUUGCUGGCAUUGGAAAAACAGUCUCUGUGCAGAAGUUCAUUCUGGACUGGGCUGAAGGUAAAGAAAAUCAGGAUGUCCAGUUCAUAUUUCCACUUCCUUUCAGAGAACUGAAUUUGAUGAAAGAUAAAAAACUCAGUUUGUUGGAUCUUCUUCUUACAUGGUUUACAGACAUUAAUGAAAUAGAUAUUUCAAGAUCACACAAAGCUCUGUUCAUUUUUGAUGGUUUAGAUGAGUGUCGUUUGGAUCUAGAUUUUCAGAGCACUGUGAGUUUGUGUGAUGUAACUGAAUCAGCAUCAGUGGAUGUGCUGCUGAUAAACCUGAUCAAGGGGAAUCUGCUUCCCUCUGCUCUCAUCUGGAUAACCUCCCGACCUGCAGCAGCUGAGCAAAUCCCCUCUGAGUGUGUGGAUCGAGUGACAGAAGUACGAGGGUUUACUGACCCACAGAAGGAGGAGUACUUCAGGAAGAGAAUCAGUGAUCAGAGUCUGGCCAAGAGAAUCAUCUCACAUCUGAAGAAGUCAAGAAGCCUCUACAUCAUGUGUCACAUACCUGUGUUCUGCUGGAUUUCAGCCACUGUUCUAGAGAGAAUGUUGGGUGAAGCAGAGAGUGGAGAGAUCCCCAAAACUCUGACUCAAAUGUACACACACUUCCUCAUCAUUCAGACAAAAAUCAUAAGAGAAAAAUACACAAAGAACCAGAAGACAGAUGAAGACAUGCUUCUCAAAAUGGGACAACUGGCCUUUCAGCAGCUGAUGAAAGGAAACUUGAUCUUCUAUGAGGAAGAUCUGAGAGAGUGUGGCAUCGAUGUUGAAGAAGCUUCAGUGUACUCAGGUGUGUGUACACAGAUCUUCAGAGAGGAAUCUGGACAGUUCCAGAGUAAAGUGUACUGCUUUGUUCAUCUGAGUGUUCAGGAACAUCUUGCAGCUCUAUAUGUGCACCUGACCUUCAUGAACCAGAAGAGAAAUGUGCUUCAACAGAGUUUGUUCUCUAAACUUAACACCCUGAUGAAUAAAGAAAUUACAAUCUCAGAUGUACACAAGAGUGCUGUGGAUCAGGCCUUACAGAAUGAGAAUGGACAUCUGGAUCUUUUCCUUCGCUUUCUUCUGGGUCUCUCACUGGAGUCCAGUCAGACUCUCUUACAGGACUUAGUGACACAGGUAGGAAGUAUCUUCCACAGUAAAGAGGAAACAGUUCAGCACAUCAAGAUGAAGAUCAGUGAGAGCCUCUCUGCAGAGAAAUCCAUCAAUCUGUUCCACUGUCUGAAUGAACUGGAUGAUCAUUCUCUAGUUGAUGAAGUUCAACAGUACCUGCAAUCUGACAAUCUAAAUGAAAGAAAACUCUCUUCUUCACAGUGGUCAGCUGUGGUCUUUUUGCUGCUCACAUCAGGGGAGAAUCUAGAUAAAUUUGUCCUACAGAAAUAUAACAGAUCAGAUGAUGUUCUUCUGAAGCUGCUGCCUGUACUUGCAGAAUCUAGAACAGCUCAACUUGCGCAUUGUAAUCUGACAAACAAAAGCUGUGCAGCUCUGGCCUCAGUUCUCAGCUCAGAAUCCACUAGUCUUAGAGAACUGGAUCUGUUUAUGAAUAAUCUAGGAGACUCAGGAGUGAAGUUGCUCUCUGUUGGACUAAUGAAUCCUCUGUGUAAACUGGAGACACUGAGGUUGGAGAAUUGUAACAUGACAGAUGAAGGCUGUGCUGCUCUGGCUUCAGCUCUGGAAUCAAACUCCUCACACAUGAGAGUGCUAAAUCUGUCCAAUAAUAAUCUACGAGAUUCAGGAGUGAAGCUUCUCUCUGCUGCAUUUAAGAAUCCUCUCUGUAAACUGGAGACACUUAGUUUGUGGCAUUGCGAGAUCUCAAAUGAAGGCUGUGCUGCUCUGGCUUCAGCUCUGAAAUCAAACCCAUCAAAUCUGAGAAACUUGAAUAUGUCUCUGAAUAAUUUAGGAGAUUCAGGUGUGAAGCUGCUUUCUGCUGGGCUGGAUAAUCCUCUCUGUAACCUGGAGAGACUGAGGUUGGAGCAAUGUAAUAUCUCUGAUGAAGGCUGUGCUGCUCUGGCCUCAGCUCUGAAAUCAAACCCCUCACACCUGAAAGAACUGAUUCUGUCUAAGAAUAAGCUAGGAGAUUCUGGUGUGAAACUGCUCUCUACUGUACUGGAGAAUCCUCUCUGUAAACUGGAAACACUGUGGUUGUAUAAUUGUAAUAUAUCAGAUAAAGGCUGUGCUGCUCUGACUUCAGCUCUAAAGUCAAACCCAUCACACCUGAGAGAGCUGGAUCUGUCUGAGAAUUACCAAACAACAACAGGACAUGAGCUGCUGUUAGCUCUUAAGCAUAAUAAUCAUUACAGACUACAAGAUCUCAGUUUCUAAUGUGAUGACGUGUUUUACUAAUCACCAAAGAGGCAACAUCAUGAAGAGAUGGAAGUG